AUGUAUUUGUCCGUGCUCGACGAGGCUGUGGGAUGUGUUUUGGUGCAGCAUGAUGAUUCUGAGAAAAGAGAGCAAGCCAUUUAUUAUCUUAGCAAGAAGUUCACACCUUACGAGGCAAAAUACUCAUUUCUUAAAAGGAAUUGUUGUACAUUGGCUUGGGCAGCUCAGAAAUUGAGGCAUUAUUUGCUUAGUCACACCACAUAUCUUGUCUCUCGUUCAGAUCCUUUGAAGUACAUAUUGGCAAUCAAGGGGCAAGCUAUAGCAGAUCAUUUGGCUGAAAAUUCAAGAGAAGAUGAUUAUCAUCCGCUUCACACUUAUUUUUCGGAUGAUGAGGUCCUGUUUGUUGGUACAGCAGAAGUUAUGAAUGAGCAAUGCUCUGAGUGGAGACUAUUCUUUGGCGGUAUUUCAAAUUCUUUCGGAGUUGGUAUCGGAGUUGUUCUAGUAUCGUCUGAAGGAAAACAUUAUCCCGGUUCCGCUAAACUGUGA